UUUACUGCGACGCCAUGACUUCUAAUGUAAUCUGAGUCCCGUACAAAUGAGAAUGAGGGUUUUUAGGGGAACAGUUCAAGAACAAGAUGGCUGUCCUGGGGCAAGAAAAGUAUCUUUCUUCUUCCACAUAAACACGGCAUUGUGAUGCGGGCGUCAGUUUCAUGUAAAUAGCUUACUAGGUAACAACUUUAAUAGAUUAGUAGGUAACGUUAACAACUUUAAACGCUUUAAAGGCAUUGCUUUAUAACGGAGGACAUCGCUUUUUGAGACGCAAUUGAAGAUCGGAAAAGUUUUCUUCGGUUUGUCGAGAGUGAAAACUAACUUACUGACGCUGACAAUGCGUUUUUGCAUAACGGUUAACUUUUUUUCAGAUGCCCCGCACUAGAUAAAAACGAAAUAGCUAACUGGACCAUGAGUUCAUCCCGAGUCAGACCGCAGCAGCUAAAGUUACCGCAGAGCCAGACUGGCAGGUUGCCGCACAGACUAGACUCAAGCGAAGGGAUAGAGAUGGAAAACAUCCAGCAGCAAGACCUCGGUCUCGGAGGAGUAAUAGGCACCCCGUCCCCUCCGUCAAGACAAGCGUGGAGUCGGGAUAACCCGGGUUUUGAGCCUGAGGAUGAGAUUAUGGAAGCCGACUGGCCUCCAGCGAGUCCCGGGAGGAGGUCGGUGUCCACGGCCUCUAGCAGCAGCUGCAGCAGCGGCCUAGGCAGCUACACUGGCGCGGGCAGCAGCACCCAUAUCUCCCGAGGAGGACUCUACCCGACCCCGACAGUGGAUGCCCGGCAGCAGGACAGGCAUGACCACCGCAGCUGUAUGAAGCAGAUACUCCAAAAGAUCAGAAUUCUGUGGGGCACAGAGCUGAUGGAGGACAGUGACAACAGUCGAGAGAGGUACCUCAGGAACGUCCUGAGGGAGAUGGUUACAUAUAUCGCAUUCCUCAUCACUAUUUGUAUCUUGACUUAUGGGAUGGUGAGUGCCAAUAUGUACUACUAUACCAAAGUCAUGUCUCAGCUUUUCCUGGAUACACCGCUGUCUGCCGGGGACCCUUCCUCUUUUAGAAGCCUCUCAACCAUGGAGGAUUUCUGGAAGUUCACAGAGGGACCUUUCCUCAAUGGCAUGUACUGGGAGGUGUGGUACAACAACAAGAGCCUGCCAGAGAAUCAGAGUCUUAUCUACUAUGAGAACCUCCUCCUCGGUGUGCCACGGCUCCGGCAGGUCAAAGUCCGCAACGAGUCCUGCUCCAUCCACGAAGAUCUGAGAGAUGAAGUUCACGACUGCUACAACAUGUACACCCCAACCAACGAAGACACAACCUCCUUUGGCCCCAAGAAAGGAACAGCGUGGGUGUAUACAGCAGAGAGUAACAUGAAUGGGAGUGGUUAUUGGGGACAGAUAUCUAAAUAUGGAGGUGGAGGAUACUACCAAGACCUGUCUCGUACGAAAGAGGAGUCGGCAACCCAACUGCAGUUUCUGAAAGACCACCUGUGGCUGGACAGAGGCACCAGAGCGGUGUUUUUCGACUUCUCUGUCUACAAUGGGAACAUCAACCUUUUCUGCAUUGCCAGGUUGUUGGUGGAGUUCCCUGCUACUGGUGGGGUGGUGACUUCCUGGCAGUUCCAAACAGUGCGUCUGAUACGAUAUGUGUCCAGCUGGGACUACUUUGUGGGUCUGUGUGAGGUGGCAUUCUGUCUAUUCAUCCUCUACUACGUGGUGGAGGAAGUGCUGGAGAUCCGCAUCCACCGCUUGCAUUACUUCAAGAGCUUGUGGAACUGUCUGGAUGUUCUCAUUGUCGUGUUGAGUGUUGUUGCCAUCAUCAUGAACAUAACCAGAACAGCCAUGGUUGGCAACCGUCUGAAAGGCCUGUUGGAGAACCACACCGCUCACCCCAGCUUUGAGCUUUUGGCCAACCUGCAGGUCCAGUUCAACAACGUGGCUGCGGUCAUCGUCUUUUUUGCCUGGGUCAAGCUUUUUAAGUUCAUCAACUUCAAUAAGACCAUGAGUCAGCUGUCUGGCACCAUGUCUCGCUGUGCCAAAGACCUUGUUGGUUUUGCCAUCAUGUUCUUCAUCAUUUUCCUGGCGUAUGCUCAGCUAGCCUACCUGGUGUUUGGAACCCAAGUCAACGAUUUCAGCACUUUCCAAGCCAGCAUAUUCACUCAGUUCCGUAUCAUUCUGGGAGACUUUGAGUUCUCAGAAAUAGAAGAGGCGAAUCCAGUUCUCGGACCUAUCUACUUUACAACCUUUGUCUUCUUCAUUUUCUUUAUUCUCAUGAACAUGUUCCUGGCCAUCAUUAAUGACACAUACUCUGAGGUGAAGGCCGACAUGUCCCAGCAGAGGACUGAGAUGGAAAUGACUGAUCUCAUUAAAAAGGGUUGUAACAAAGCUUUGAUGAAGUUGAGACUGAAGAAGACGGCAGUAGACGACAUCUCCGACAGUUUGCGCCAGGCCGGGGGAAAACUAAACAUCGAUGAACUCCGCCAGGACCUUAAAAGAAAGGGCCACACAGACGCAGAGAUUCAGGCCAUCUUUGCCAAGUAUGAUCGAGAUGGCGACCAGGAGCUGACGGAGCAUGAACACCAGCAGAUGAGAGACGACCUGGAGAAAGAGAGAGACUUGGAUCUGGAACGCAAUUCGCUGACUAGACCCAGCAGCGGGCGGAGCUUCCCUCGUACCCAGGACGACUCGGAGGAAGACGAUGACGAGGAUAGCGGCCACAGCUCUCGACGGCGUGGCAGCAGCUCAGGGGGUGUCUCCUAUGAAGAGUUUCAAGUGCUGGUGAGACGUGUGGACAGGAUGGAGCACUCCAUCGGCAGUAUAGUGUCCAAGAUAGAUGCUGUGAUCGUGAAGCUGGAAACUAUGGAGAGAGCUAAACUCAAAAGGAGAGAUGUGCUGGGCAAACUGCUGGAUGGAGUCAUGGAGGAUGAGCGUCUGGGACGGGACACUGACGUCCACAGGGAGCAGAUGGAGAGGCUGGUGAGGGAGGAACUGGAGCGAUGGGAGUCUGAUGAUAUGGUCUCACAGGUCAGCCACCCACAGCCUGCCACUCCUGUCGGCCCCCGGCCGCGCCCAUCCUCCUCCCUGUCCACCGACGGCCUUGACACAAGCACAAACGGGGGCAGCCAUGUGUGAGGACUUGGCCCGCUGAAGAAUAUUCCACUCUAGCAAGAAAGCUCUCCACUGGAAAUUUCCCUGCAGCGGUACAA